GAUUCUAUUGAGCCGAAAAUCUCAUAUUCAAACCGUGAAAAAGAAGAAGAGCUGGAAGAAGAAGAAAAAAUCGUUUUUCUCAUUCGAAAAUGCCCCAGCAUGCAAAUUCUCCGCCAAAUUCAUGCGCGUAUCCUUACGCACGUUCCUCCCAUUUCCUCCGUAUCCUUCUUAAUCUCCAAAAUCCUCUCCUUUGCAGCUCUCUCUCCUUUUGGCAACUUCGAUUACGCACGCAAAAUUUUCUCUCAAAUCCCAAACCCAGGCAUUUUUGCGUACAAUUCAGUUAUAAGGGGUUGUUUGUACACUAAAAUCCCAUCAAAGGAACCCAUUCAUUUGUUCAAAGAUAUGGUUGGAAAAGGCUACCCAAACCCGAACACUUUUACUAUGGCUUUUGUGCUCAAAGCUUGCUCAAUUAUAAUGGCUCUUGAAGAAGGUAAGCAGAUUCAUGCGCAAAUCUUGCGAUCUGGGUUUAGCUCGAGCCCUUAUGUGCAAUCUUCAUUGGUGAAUUUUUACUCGAAGUGUGAAGAAAUAACUAUUGCUAGAAAGGUGUUCGACGAAAUUACCGAGAGAAAUUUGGUUUGUUGGAGUGCAAUGGUCAGUGGCUAUGCAAGGUUAGGAAUGAUUAACGAGGCUUUGAUUAUGUUUCGAGAAAUGCAAGUGGUGGGUAUUGAACCUGAUGAAGUUUCAUUGGUAGGUGUACUAUCUGCUUGUGCUAUGGUUGGAGCACUAGAUAUAGGGAAGUGGGUUCAUGCGUAUAUCAAGAAACGGAUGAUUCAUGUUGAUCUUGAGCUUAAUACAGCUCUAAUUAAUAUGUAUGCCAAGUGUGGAUGCAUAGAGAAAGCCAGAGAAAUUUUUGAUGAGAUGAGAGUAAAAGAUAGUAAAGCUUGGAGCUCAAUGAUUGUUGGAUUGGCCAUUCAUGGACUUGCAGAGGAUGCACUGAAUGUGUUUUCGAGGAUGGAAGAAGCACAGGCCAAGCCGAACCAUGUAACUUUCAUUGGUAUUUUAUCUGCAUGUGCCCAUGGUGGACUAGUUUCAGAUGGAAAGAGAUAUUGGUCGAGCAUGCUUGAAUUAGGAAUAGAACCUUCAAUGGAGCAUUAUGGUUGUAUGGUUGAUUUACUAUGCCGUGGAGGCCUUAUUGAUGAGGCCUAUGAUUUUGCACUAAUCAUUCCCACACCAGAUCCAGUAAUUUGGCGAACAUUGCUUGUGGCUUACACGAAAAAUCGGAUGUUACAGAAAGCUGAAAUGGUUGCUGGGAAGCUCCUUGAAUUAGAACCAUGGAAAGCAGAAAACUAUAUCAUUCUUGCAAAUUUGUAUGCUUCUGUUUCACAGUUGGAGAAGGUGAGCCAUGUAAGAAAGAUGAUGAAGGAGAACGGCAUCAAGGCAUUGCCAGGAUGCACAUCUAUUGAGGUUGAUGGCUUUGUGCACAACUUUGUAACGGGUGACUGGUCGCAUCCUGAGGCAGAGGAAAUAAAAAAAACUCUAAGGGAUGUCGCUCUGAAGAUUCUUAUUAGUGGGUAUAAACCGUUUGUUUCUGUUGUACUGCACCUCGUGAAUGAUGAAGAGAAAGAGAAUGUUCUAUACGAGCAUAGUGAGAGGCUGGCCAUUGCUUAUGGCUUGAUGAAAACAAAGGCACCAGCAACUAUUAGAAUUGUAAAGAAUCUGAGAGUUUGUGGAGACUGUCAUGAAGUAACAAAAAUUAUCAGUAAAAUUUAUGAUAGGGAAAUUAUUGUCAGGGAUCGGGUUCGUUUCCACAAAUUCGUCAACGGCACGUGUUCAUGCAAAGAUUACUGGUAAAUGCCAACAUUAUGAUUCUCACCUCACCAUUAGUAUAAUUGGUUCGAUCAAAGUUUUGCCAUAUAUCAAGCAACCGUUGUUCUUUGGUCUGAACUUUAGGAAUUGUAGUGAACUUUUUCCCUUUUUCCUCUUGAGAAUACAAUUUUGCUUCAUGUAAUUCAUUCCUUUGUGCUUGCAAUUUUUUUAGCUCGUGUAUUAAUUGAUGCAAUAGAAACACUCAGCUACCAUAUUACGUUCUUCUUUGCAGUA